UCUCCCUCAUUGGGAUCCUCAGCCUUGUCCGCCCCAGGCAGGCAGAUUAACUGUACAUAAACGAUCGCAGGUCCUGUACAUUCUUAUUCACAGCAGCAAUUUCCCUAGCUCGGACGCAGAACUGCGAUUAAGAAGAAUGAACGACUCCAUCGACCAGUUUUACAAGGAUUUGCCGAUUUCGCCCAAAUCACGAUGCAUUCGGCUUCUCCACAUUCAUGCUCCUGAUCCAAGCAAAGGUGACGACGGAGGUCCAAUCUAUUCCGAUGUUACUAUCGCUGAUCUCAGCCUCAAUCCCUCAUUUGACGCGCUGUCGUAUGUCUGGGGUACGUCGGCGCCAGUACCAGAUGUUGUGUCCUGCAAUGGAAUAGCCUUCCAUGUAACAUCGAAUUGUUAUUCGGCAAUGCAGCAUCUACGCAAGAUGCUUGGUUCGUUUACCAUAUGGGUCGACGCAAUUAGCCUCAACCAGAAAGAUAAUCUGGAAAAAGCGCAUCAAAUAGGUCUCAUGGGUGACAUAUAUUCGGGGGCCAGGACGACCUAUAUCUGGCUAGGAAAAGGGUCCGCAAGUACAGAACGCGCUAUGGACCUUCUUUCCAAGACUGGAUUCUUAGAGUUCUUCUUUGAAAACGGAGGUGAUCUUGAACAGCCUGUACGAGCCAGGCCACGCGUUUACGCCUCAUAUGCCAAUCAGCUGAUGGCGCGGUGGGGACUGAAGACAAGUAUGAUCCCACUUGACACAAAACGGAAGCUAAAUACGAUCUCCAAACGCUUACAAGCUUUUCGUGAAAAUCCUCUAUGUACCAUUGAAGACCUUGAGCAGGUUUUCGACUGCAUGUGGGUAAAGCGAAUCUGGACGUUCCAAGAGAUAGUGUUUUCCGCGAAUCCUGUAGUGGUAUGCGGAUAUCGCCGGUUGAGUUGGACCAGGCUGCAGUUCAGCACUCUCUUUCUGGCAAGUAUUGAGAGCACGAACAGCGAUUACAGGCUUCAUCUUCGCAGGUGGCUCAACGUAGGUUACGUACGGACUUUGUAUCAUUCAGAAGUCCAGCGAGACACACGCUAUAGCCCACCUUAUUUUCAGGAAUAUUGGUCGUUUUGUUCGGAAUUGACCGUAUUGUCUACGUACCUUGCGUCACUGAGAGUAUUGGUGCUUUUGUUAGCAGGCUAUAUGAUACUAGCACCGGGUCUUUUUGCAGUUGUAGAUACAGCUGAAAUGGAUUGGAUGGCGCUCGGGUUCAUGAUCAUUGCUGUCCUACCAGCAAUGUCAAUUCUGCUUACCGUGGCAUCAAUGGGUGUUUUCGACAUCUUUAGAGGAAUUGCUCCUGGUCCGGACAUGAGUCGGGACGAUUUGAAUUAUCCGCACCCACCUGAUACAAAACGUAAGAUCCACGCACAAGUCCUGGAAGCUAUAUGUACUCGAAGCGCAACCGACCCUAGAGAUAUGAGCUAUGGAAUCCAAAGUAUUCUGGAUAGGCCGAACACCAACAACAAAACGCCUUCCGUAGACUAUACUCUCUCCAAAGCCGAGGUCUUCAAGCAACUCAGUAUCUAUCUACUUUCACAGCAAAGUUCAAUACAGCUCCUGACGCUCGCAGCCCAGCGACGGUGCGAACACGCAUCGUCAUGGAUCCCCGAUUUCUCGCACAAUCUCACUGCCGACUGCCGUGACGUGGAGUAUCCAGAAGAGUGGCGGGAACACGAUUACCUAUACCGUAGACCUUACGACGUUACUUCGCACUCUCCACAUUACCAAAGACUCCACCCCCAAGACGACAGCAUUCUCAUAGUCAAAGGCUACCUCUUCGCCGAAGUCAUCUCCGUCGCGGGAGAUGGUGCCUUCGCCCUCCAAAUCGCUUCCGAAAGAAAAACCUGCCCAGGCUUCGCACAUGUCUUCACGUGUCCCGGUGAUAAGCUUGCCCUGAUCUCAGGUUUGUCGUUCCCCGUGCUUGUGAAAGUCAGGGGGGAGAAUUUGGUCGAAAUACUGGGGAUUGCGUGGGUGAAGACAAAAUAUAGAAGGUCGAAGCGGUCACACAGUACCUACUAUGCACGUAUGUCGGAUAAGGAGUGGGAGGCAUACUGCGGUAGGAAACGAAGAGAAUGGAUAAGGGCACAUAGACGCCCUGGUUUGUCGGAGGACGAUGUGCAUAUACCCAGCCGUCAAGUCUACCUGGAUGACCUGUUUAUCUGUUGA